UGUCACUGAGGGCGAUCAGAGCUUCAUGGACUCGGUGAUACAGUGAAAGAUCAAAUAGACGGCAAUAGAAGGGAGGGUAGAAAAAGAUUAGUUUUAUUCAUUCAACUAGUCAGAGCGGACAGGAGCAGACGCUCUAGAACAAACAGUUUACAAAUCAUAGGUUUUCAUGGUGGUUUGUUUGGUGCGUCAAGAUGUUGGCCGUUCAUCUGGUUUCAUUUUACUUCUCCAAACUCCAAGAGGAUCCCACAAAAAAGGUUGACAGAUUCCUACAUGCAAUGCGUCUUAAUGACGACCAGAUCUGUGAAAUCUCAGCACGAUUCCUGGCUGAAAUGAAGAAAGGACUUUCAGUAGAAAGUAACGCAGCUGCAGCUGUGAAGAUGCUGCCGACACACGUCCGCUCCACUCCUGAUGGAUCAGAGAAAGGACAGUUUCUGGCUCUUGAUCUUGGAGGCUCCAAAUUUAAGGUUCUUCAGGUCAAAGUGAGAGAAGGCGUGGGAAUCAGGAAGGGAGAGGUGGAGAUGGAGGAGAAGAUCUAUCCCAUGCCAACCGAGCUGCGUAGUGGAACAGGAGCUGAGUUGUUUGACCACGUGUCCGAGUGCCUAAAAGAGUUCCUGCAGGAAAAGAAAAUAGAUACAGAAAAGAAACACCCCCUGGCCUUCACCUUCUCUUUCCCCUGCGAGCAGCCCAGUUUGGAUCAGGGUUUCUUGUUGAGUUGGUGCAAGAACUACAGAGUCCGAGGUCUUCAGGGAAAAGACGUGGUCCGGGUCCUCAGAGAUGCUAUCUGCAGAACUGGGGGGAUGGACAUGGAGCUGUUGGCCAUGGUAAAUGACACUGUAGCAACCAUGAUGACCUGUGGUUUUGAUGACCCAUACUGUGAGGUGGGACUCAUCAUUGGUACAGGCACAAAUGCUUGCUACAUGGAGGACAUGCGUCAUGUGGACCUGGUCGAGGGGGACGAGGGCAGGAUGUGCAUUAACACGGAGUGGGCGGGUUUUGGAGAUGACGGCGCCCUCAAUGACUUUAUAACAGAGUUUGACAGAGAAGUGGACGCAGUGUCCUCCAACCCUGGAAAACAAAUAUUUGAGAAGAUGGUGAGUGGGUUGUAUCUGGGUGAGCUGGUGAGGCUGGUCGUGUUGAAGAUGGCAAAGCGAGGAAAGCUGUUUGACGGACAUGUGUCAGAUGCCCUGAGGACCAAAGGGAAGAUAACCACAGCUGACGUGGCAGCAAUGGAGGAGUACAGAAAUGGUCUGAAAAACACCAAAGACGUUUUGAUGAAUCUUGGUUUGAGCCCGUCCCAUGACGACUGCAUUGCCGUACAGCAUGUCAGCACCAUAGUGUCCUUCAGGUCCUCUAAUCUGGUGGCCGCAGGGCUGUCAGCCAUCCUAACGCGAAUCAAGCAAAACCGAAACCAGAGGGUCUUGAGGGUCACUGUGGGUGUGGAUGGAACUGUGUACAAAACGCACCCUCAGUAUCCUAAACGUCUCCACAAAGUGGUGCGGCGGCUGCUUCCUGAGUGCCAUGUCAAGUUUGUGCUCUCAGACAGCGGCAGCAGCAAAGGCGCUGCUCUGGUGUCGGCAGUCGCCCAGCGUCUGACCUCGCAGAGUCGAAAGGUGGAGGAGACUCUGUCGAAUUUCAAACUUGGUAAAGAGCAGUUGCAACUGGUCAAGGACAGGAUGAGGGCGGGACUGGAGGCGGGCCUAAGGAGUCAGGGUCCCUUCACCAUCAAGAUGCUGCCUUCUUUUAUAUUCCACAAACCAGAUGGAACAGAGCAUGGAAAAUACCUUGCUUUGGAUCUGGGAGGAACAAACUUUAGAGCUUUGCUUGUGAGAUUUAAAAGACAAAAAUCCAGAAUUUACCACAAAAUCUACACCAUUCCACUGGAAAUAAUGCAGGGAACUGGGGAGGAGUUAUUUGACCACCUCGCAGAAUGUGUUUGUGACUUCUUGGACUACAUGGGGGUGAAGAACGCUCGUCUUCCUACAGGUUUCACCUUCUCUUUUCCCUGCGAGCAGACCGCCAUUGAUACAGGUAAAUUGGUGACCUGGACCAAAGGCUUUAACGCCACGGACUGUGAAGGACAUGAUGUUGUGGGCUUGCUGCGCGAGGCAAUCAGGAGACGCAACGAGUUUGAUCUGGACAUUGUAGCUCUGAUUAAUGACACUGUUGGAACCAUGAUGAGCUGCGCCUAUGAGGACCCACACUGUGAAAUCGGACUGAUUGCUGGAACAGGAACAAAUCUUUGCUACAUGGAGGAACUGAAGAACAUUGAGAAGCUGCAUCAUAAGAGCAACACAGCAGACAGAGACAAGAACACACUUGAAAAUGGCGAAGAAACUGAAGGGGAGACCAGAAGAUCCAAAAUGUGCAUCAACACAGAGUGGGGGGGUCUGGGAGAUGAUGGCUCUCUAGAGAACAUCAUCACAGCUUUUGACACAGAGGUGGACCAGAACUCGGUGAACCCAGGAAAACAAAGGUUUGAAAAGCUGACCAGUGGAAUGUAUUUGGGAGAAAUCGUCCGACAGGUGCUACUGGAUCUAACCAGAGGAGGUCUUUUGUUCAGAGGACACAUCUCAGAGAGUUUGAAGAAGCCUGGAAUAUUUGAAACUCGAUAUCUGUCACAGAUAGAGAGUGACCACUUAGCGUUACUGCAGGUCAGGUGUAUUCUUCAGAAGUUGGGGCUCGACAGCACCUGUCAUGACAGCAUCAUCGUCAAGCAGGUCUGUGGAGCAGUGUCGCGCCGUGCAGCCCAGCUGUGCGGGGCUGGAAUGGCAGCUGUGGUUGAUAAGAUCAGAGAGAACCGAGGACUGGACCAUCUAAACACCACCGUGGGGGUGGAUGGGGCGCUCUACAAACUUCAUCCUCAUUUCUCUCACAUCCUCCAAGACACUGUGAAGGAUCUGGCUCCUCAAUGUGAUGUGACCUUCUUUCCAUCAGAAGAAGGAAGCGGGAAAGGUGCUGCCCUCAUCGCUGCUGUGGCUUGGCAGAACCAGGAGAUGUGACUUGGUGUAACUUGAAAAGCUUGUUGCUUAAAUCUGUUUUGAAGUAGCAUCUUUCUGCACACGUCUGCUGUGUUUUUUUUUUUUUUUUUUUUUAUCUCAGUGUGUCUUUUGUGUCACAAAAUAAAAGAUGGGAACUCUUUGAAAAUGGAUUGACUCUUAAUAAAUGUUUAUUUUGAAAUGGAUACAUGCAUUUUAUUCAAUUACAAAAAAAAAAAAAUAAGCCAGUCUGGAAAAAGAAAAAAAUGGGGAAAGAUUACAUUUAAGCUUUACUUCCAAAUGCAACAAAAGUCAAUUAUUUCAGUUUGCCUCCACAACCUGAAGAACUUUUCUUCAUCACCGCAACCACUUUGGGUGUAACAGUGCAACCAGGUCACUGUGGUCCUCAAGUAGAUGUCUUCUCAACAGUAUCCCAGAAGCACCCCUCUGCUGAUGCCCCCAUACCCUUAAUCUCAUUCUAUUUGAAUUUAAAAUGUAAUAUUAGUUUGUAUUCUUUGCUUGUUUGUGGUAAAUGCCAAAGCGAGGUGUACCGUUCUUUUAGAACAGGGGUGCCAAAAUUUUCCAAAGGCCAGAAUUGGUUUUUGAGGGCCAACCAUUUGAGAUUCUUUGAACUAAUUCAAUGACAUUAAAUGUAAAUGAACUAUUUAUUGAACAUUUUAUUGCAAUGUCUUACUUUAAAUUUCUUCACAAAUACGUUUUUAAUAAAAGUGAUUCUCAGUUUCUCUGUAAGCAUGUCUCAGUUAGCAUUUCUCAAUUAGCAUGUCUCAAUUAGCAUGUCUCGUUUUGUGGUGCCUCUGGAUACUGAACUCUUCAAAAACAGCCACAGUUUCUUGUUAAGUUUGUUAGUCACCGUUGUUUUUUAUUUCACUGAAAAAAUAUACCAAGGUCCUUGAAGCAGUGGUCC